CGCACAGACAGCAGGCAGCAGCUGCAGCGAGAAGGAUCCCGGCGCCGGAACUCUGCAUACAAAUUACAUUUUAAAAAGCAGCCACAAUACGAUUUAUUUAUCCGACACGCAGGAGACGAGCAAAAACGCACGCACCACCUCCAAAAUGGUAGACCGCGAGAAACUGGUGCAGAAAGCCCGGCUGGCCGAGCAGGCGGAGAGGUAUGAUGAUAUGGCAGCAGCCAUGAAAUUGUUGACAGAGCUGAAUGAAGCGCUAUCCAACGAGGAGAGGAACCUGCUCUCCGUGGCCUACAAGAACGUGGUCGGGGCGAGGCGGUCAUCCUGGCGCGUCAUCUCCAGCAUUGAGCAGAAGACGUCCGCCGACGGCAACGAGAAGAAGAUCGAGAUGGUGCGCGCGUACCGGGAAAAGAUCGAGAAGGAGCUGGAGGCCGUCUGCCAGGACGUGCUCAACCUCCUCGACAACUUCCUGAUCAAGAACUGCAACGAGACGCAGCACGAGAGCAAAGUGUUCUACCUGAAGAUGAAGGGCGACUACUACCGCUACCUGGCCGAGGUGGCCACGGGGGAGAAGAAGGCCGCGGUGGUGGAGUCCGCCGAGAAGUCCUACAGCGAGGCCCACGAGAUCAGCAAGGAGCACAUGCAGCCCACCCACCCCAUCCGCCUGGGCCUGGCCCUCAACUACUCCGUCUUCUACUACGAGAUCCAGAACGCCCCGGAGCAGGCGUGCCACCUGGCAAAGACCGCCUUCGACAACGCCAUCGCCGAGCUGGACACCCUGAACGAGGACUCCUACAAAGACUCCACUCUGAUCAUGCAGCUGCUACGAGACAACUUGACGCUGUGGACGAGCGACCAGCAGGACGACGAGGGAGGGGAGGCCAACAAUUAAAGAGUCCAAAACCUCAUUCUGCUCCAAAAAAUUUAAAAACACACGCGCUCACAAAUGACAAAAUAAUACUAGAUCUUAGAAAUAAAAAAAAUAAUAGGGUGGGGGAGGGGGGAGAGCAGUGGAUUGCGGCGACUAAUUCCGCUGACGGUACUACCGGCUGCUGCUCUUUAUUUUUCAACAAAUUAAAAGUGAAAAUUAAAAAAACAAAAAAAUUGACUGAGGGAAGACAAUUUUAGUUUGAGAAAUAACCUAGGAGAGGAAAAAAGAAUGAAACCCCCUUCCUUGGUAGCCUCUGCAACAAUUGCCAAAAUACCACUUUAGAAGCAAGAGGUAUGUCAUUCAUCACAGUGACGAUUGGGGAGCCACGCCGUCACACUGGCAGAGACUGGUCUUAUCGCGCUAACGAAGCUGAGCUGUCCUGUUGUAUUUGGUGAGAGGAGCAUUCGGAAAUUGAGUUUUCGAUGCUCGAACAACCACAAAAUCGGAGUAACCUUGAAUGUCGCGGCCUUGCUUAUCGAGCGGGAGAAAGACAAGGGCGAGUGUGAGUGAGCAAGAGAGAGAGAGCGGACAGGUUGCAGAGGUGGAAAAGGGCUUUUAUCGGGGCAUCGUCGUUGACACCUUUAGUUGCACCACACUGAUCGUCGGGUGUAAAGCAUGUUGUCUCUUUUAUUGAGGAUGAAAUCAAAAAAAUUAAAUAAAUACUUAUUUUUGUUUUGCUUUGUGUCAGGUAUGUUUCCAGCGCAGUCACACAGUGAUACCGUCACUAAAAAUACAAAUUCAUGACGUAAACCUAGUGCGGCUUGGCCCUCAUGUGCUGGUGUGAUUUAUUAAAUAAAUGAACAGUUUUUGGACACCUAAUUCUUAUCGUCAGGAUUGUUGUUACUACAACAAUACUGGCUCCUUGUAGGAAAAAACAAACAAUUUGAUUAACGGAAAUCCAGAUUACUACAUUUUCAAAGAGGAAAAAACACGGGGAUCGAAUACACCAUCACGAGUCGACCCUUACUCUCCAGUUAUAGGAUCUCCAUAACAACCAGUAGGAUCUGGGAAACGGCCCCGGCAGCCACACACACUCUAUUCCUAUACUCGGUACUGUUUGUGGACGGAGCACAUGCAACGUUAAGUGGAAGCUCUAAAAGCAGAUCUGAGGUUUGUGGAUUUACUUUGUCUUCACGUUCUUCUCGGUCAAGAGAUGCACUCGCCUAUUCUACUGUUUCUUCAGUGUAGGAUGAUAACUGCUCCAAUAUUCUCCAUAAUACAACAUUGUGCAUGCUGGUGAUGUAUUUAUACAGUAGCUUCAAUUCAUUAACUUAUACUCUAGAUGUUAUGUAUUCAUAUGAAGAUGGAAUUACAAGACCUUAAUUGGAUUCUUUUCUAUUUCUUUUUAUUGCGAUUGUUAGCUAGACCUUACUUUAAAUCUGUGUUUUCUUUACUCCAUUUGCUGAAGUACACUAUACCAAAACAGUGAUUGUUGACAAUAAAUUGAUCUGUUAUGGACAUUG